AUGUUUUUAAGUUUCCUUUUUAUCACCAAAAUUUGGUUGACUUUCAGCUGCUGCCCAUAUAACAGCUUAAACUGAGGGGCGUUAGGGUGCACAUGCCAAAGUUCAUCCAAAUAUUAUGCAGACAGUAAAAUAUGCUUGACUGGGUGCCCUUCUCUUUUUUCGCCUGACCACGAUGGUGUAUCAGUGCUUUUUUGAUGUGAUACUCCUAGUGGGGAUGAUGCAAUUUUAUUUACAUUGCCCUUUUCAACGGUCCAAGAUGUAACAGGAACUUAUAUAGCAAGCUCAACUGGUUCUGCUGAUCACUUUGUAAAUCCCAGCUCAGUUUCUUAUAACUCUGCCACCCGCACUUCUCCUCUCCCAACACUUGAUCGCGGCUUUUAUUUUGCCACCACUUCAGGUAUAAUCGGAAGCCAAAGUUAUACCCCAGCUUUGUAUUUCACUCUAAAUAUGUGGAUAAUACCUCUCAGCAGUGGAGAAAUUUUGAACGUUAUAUCAGGCUCUACACAAUAUUUGCGAAUUUAUGCAGAUUCCACAAGUGUAUAUAAAUAUUCGGCAAAUAUUUAUGACUCUAGUGGUAAUGCAAAAUUUAUGGCUGGGACUGCGACUUCAACUUAUACUUCAUCGUGACAUUAUGCAUCAGUUGUUGUAAACCAAUCGGAUUGUGAUACUAUAAAUGUAUCUUUUUAUAUUAAUGGCUCAGCAGUUGGUACGACAGCUGUAAAUGGUGCUGAAGGAAGGUUUACAGUGAUGACUUAUUCAUGAAAAAUUGGCAAUGUAACUGGUGGAAACUCAUUUAGAGGAUUUAUGUAUUGACUGCAAGCUAGAUCAGAUACCACUAUGACUUAUGGAACAACGACUCCUACUGUUAAUUGCGUUUAUAACCAAUAUUGAAGUGGUUCAGCGUGUGUGGAUUGCGAUUCUAGUUGUCCAACCUGGCCUUGGUGCAGAAGAGGAACUGACUGUGGCACUUGCAAUACAUCUGACUGUAGUGCAUGCUCUGGGUAUUCUUUAUCACUGUGCUCAGCGUGCUUUACAGGUAUUGCUCCAGGAUGCUGCGAUACUUAUGGGACAACUUGCACACAAACUUGGUCUAAUACUGGAAAAUCUCUGAUUGGAGGAGUUUGCUUAUAUGCAUGCCCUUACGGGUUUGGGAAUUGUGCAGCUGUUUCUUCUGCUGUUUUAACAGCUGAUUUUACAGGGACAUUUGCUGGGAGCUAUGGAACUGAUUUAAUUACGGCUACAAGCUCUAGUAGUUAUAAUUAUUGGUCUUCUGCUGAAUCUUCUGAUCCUUUUCCAGCUAAAAAUAGAGGGCUUUAUUUUAAUUCUAACCAGUAUUUGGCUGGAUCUAUUAACUUAUCCAAUACUUGGAGUAUGAGUAUGUGGGCUUAUGCUAUUUCUGGCACUUUAGUCAGCCACAGCUCUAACAAACUUACCAUUGAUUCCAGUGGAUCAAUUAUAUUUUACUUGGAAAAAUGAGACGCUAGCUCAGGAAGCUGGUCUGCUACUCAGACUAUAACUUCAAACACAUGGAGUUACGUUUCCUAUACAGUUGGAUUUUCAAAUAAAAUUACUACUGUUACUCCUUAUCUUAACAAUGCUGCUGGGACAUCUACUUCCAUCACAAAUUUUGUUUUUAGAUUGCCUUCAGGAGGAACAUUAUACUUACUCCCCCCCCCCUCAGUGAGUGAACAAAACCAUUAGAAACAUCCCUAUUUUUUGCCCAAAAAUCCACCUCCGUGAGUGAACAAAAAUUGUUUUAUGGAAAAAAAAAAUGAUUAUAAUUGAUAAUUAUUAUAAUGAAAUCUCGAGCUAAUUCUGUUUAAUUUUAAACAAAUUGCGUUUUAAAAUAUAAAAAUUUACAAAUUAAAUUAAUAUUUGUUUUCCAAAUUUUAUAAAAGUGAGCUUUUUUUUACAUUUCGAACAAAAAAAAUUUUAUAAAGAAUUUAUAUAUUUUUUUAAGAAAAAAAUUAAACCCUAUCCGCGAGUGAACAAAUUUUUUUUUUCACUCACGGAGGGGGGAGUUAGGAAAAGGUUCAACAAACUUUAAAGGAUUUAUCGCUCAUUUUAUGCUAUGGCAAGUAGCCAUUAAUGACUUUUCAGCCUUUUCUAGUAUUGGCACAUUAACUGGAGGGACAGUAUCAACUUUAUGGCCUUGUGAUUACUCUGAAUAUUAUGAUGGAACUAAUUGUGCAUCAUGUUUAGGUACAUGCACAAUGGGCUGCACUCGCGGCACAUCUUGCUAUAUUUGUGACGAUUUUUUAUGCUCCCAGUGUACAUCAUUUUUGUCAGGAACUUGUACGUCAUGCGUUACCAAUGCUGCAGGGUCUCCUUGCACUUGCAAUUCUGGGUAUUAUCAGCCUACAAAUCAAGCUGUAUGUUCUCCUUGCUAUAAUGGCUGUACCCACUGCACCGAUUCUUCAUAUUAUUCCUGCACUUCUUGCAGCUCCACCUAUUUUUUAUACAACUCUAUGAUAUGUCUUAUGAGCUGUCCUUCAGGAUAUACAGAAAACUCAAGCACAAAAAACUGUGAUUUUUCAUCAACGACUGGGCUAAGCUUAUCUCUUUAUGAUAAAAUAAUGCUUCAUUCCAUUUCAGGAGUCAAUAUAGGAAAUUCUAUGUCAAAUUAUUACCCUAGCUAUGAUUCUAACGAUCCUUAUCCGGCCUACCUAAGAGGAUAUUAUUUUACAGGCACAACUUAUAUGUCUUCGUAUACUGUGAUUGGACCUUAUUUUACUGUCUCUAUUUGGGUCUAUCCUACUGCAGCAGGAACAAUUCUUGCUAAAACAGUGUCAGGGAGUGAAAUAUUUUGUUUGGAAAUUUUGAGUGGCUCAGGGAACCCUAAGCUUUCUAUUAUUUUAAAGGAUUCUUCGUCUUUUUCAGUUACUCUAUCAGAAAAUGCAUUAAAUGGCAGUUGAAAUUAUAUUGCAUUUGCAGGAAAAAUUGAUGCAAGCCAUAAAACUACAGUAAGCUCAUAUUUUAAUUCUCUAACGAAAGAAACGGGAUCAUCAUCCAAUGUUAUGUAUUUUCAGGAUCGCAGCGCAAACUAUCUUUAUAUUGGGACAAAAGCUACCACAACCAGCGGCUUUAUUGGAUUUUUAUAUGAUUUAAAUAUAUAUAACGUCGAAAACUUGCAGUACAGCGACUAUACAACCUCAAGCUGUAUUUCUUCAUGCUCAAGUUGUCCAAUUGAUCACAACUGUCCUGAUAAUGCACCAAUUACACAAUAUUAUGAUGGGUCGGCAUAUGUUAAUUGUAUGGGAACUUGCACAAAAGGAUGCAGAUAUGCAGACACCUGCGGACUUUGCAAGACAAAAAUGUGCUAUGAAUGUAGCUUUUUCUCUGGAUCUUGCUCAAGCUGCAUUACAAAUGCAGAAGCUGAUGGGUCUGGCGGAUGCCAAUGCAAGGCAAAUGCUUUUUGGCAUUCUAGUACAGCGAGCUGUGACUUUUGUGAUGCUCUUUGUUCUGUAUGUAAGCAAACUACUUAUUUUGAGUGCACUACUUGUGCCACAGGAAAAGAAAUAGUAGACAUUAUUUGUUUGAAUGAUUGUCCAUAUGGCUAUGAAACUUCUUGUUCUUCAGUCUCAACCGCAGCGAUUGACCUAUUAUUUGACACUGAUUUUCAAGGAUCUUACUCCGACCUUUAGGAUAAAAAAUUUUUUCUGCAUUAUAUUUAAAAUUAUACAUACAUCAUUUUUCGAUUUUAUAAAAUUCGAAAUUUGCAUUAUCUGAAGAAAAAAUUUUAUAUAAAUUAUUAGAAUAAGCAAGGAAUCUUGCCAUAACAGUUAUUAAUUGUAUAAAAAAUUUUUGAUACAAUUAGAAGUAUUUAUAUAAAUUUUUUCACUCUUCAGCAACAAGUUAUGGGAUUUUUACAACUGGAGCAUCAUCAAGCACAUAUCAGCACUUCAAUUCCCCUGAAACUUAUGACCCUAUUCCUGCAUAUGCAAGAGGACUAUAUUUUGAUGGAAACAUGUAUUUAUUGUCUUCAGUUUCUGUCUAUCUUUCUCAUAGUUUUUCAAUGGGCGCAUGAAUUUAUGUAGCUACUAAUGGAGAUUUAUUGCAAAAACAAACAAGGCUAACAUUUUCAUCAACAGGCGCUAUAGCAGCUAUAAUGGAGGACACUACACAAGCAACUUCUACACAAACAUUAUCCCCAACCUCUUCAUUUGCUGGUUGGGCUUAUUUAUCACUUACUAUUUAUUAUACCUCAAAUGCUUCUGUUCUUUCUAUUUAUAUUAAUGGGGUUUCAGCUGGGACUACGACUAUUUCUGGCAAAAUUUAUCGAGACCAAGCGUCUACCAAUUUGCAGUUAGGAAAAAGCAGCACAUCUGGGUUUGUUGGGUUUAUUUAUUAUUUUCAACUGUGAAACACACAAAUUACAGAUUUUCUAACUAUUAUUAGUGGCUUUACAUUUUGCGCAUCUGGAGCUUCUUGUUUAUGGGAAUGCAGUAUUUCUACUUAUAAAAAUGGUGCCUUUUGUUCAGCCUGCAAUUCUUGCAAUAAGGGAUGUGUCAGAGCAUCUACAUGCAAUAUUUGUGAUGAUUUAUUAUGUUCUGUUUGCUCUGGUUUUGGCUCAGGAAAAUGCACCCAAUGUGUUUCUAAUGCCAGUGGAGCUCCAGCUCCAUGUGUGUGCAACCCUGGAUAUUGAACUUCAAAUGAUGGUUUUUCAUGCCAGCCAUGCUAUACUGGAUGCUCUCAAUGUACAGGCUUAACUUAUCAAAAAUGCACAGCAUGCUUUUCAGGGUAUUAUUUCUUUGCACUAACAGGGCAGUGCUUAACUGAAUGCCCAUCUGGCUAUAGUGCAAAUUCUGCAGGAAAAACUUGCGAUUGGUCAUCAGAUUUAGGGAUUGGCCUAGACUUGACUGACCAAGUGCGUCUUGAUACUGUUUCUGCGUUUAAUAUAGGCUCUGUUAAUACAAAUAUUUAUCCUGAUUGGAAUUUAGAUGUAAAGGAUCCUAUCCCUUCUUAUAAAAGAGGCUACUAUUUUUAUCAAAGCAAUUAUUUAUCAUCUACUGUUAUGAUAGCACCUUCAUUUACUAUAGCUCAUGAUCUCUUUUAGUAUCUUUGGAAAUUCCAUUAAAAGGAAAAUUAGAUAAAUCGAAAUUAAUAGAUUAAGCAUCUUUUAGAUUUUCCGAUUAUUUUGCUAUCACUUCCCUUGAGUUAGUGAGCAAUUUUUUACUAUAAUUUACUCACCAUAAUAGAUUGCUAUACCACAGAAUAAUACUGACUAGAAAAAAUAUGGUCAAGGGCACCUAUUUUAUACCAUUAAAGUCUGAUUAGACAUCUUAAAAAACAAUAAACAGAGAUUUGUCAUUUUCGUUUUUGCUCUUCAAAAAGUGACAAGUACAAAUUAAUUUUGAAACUUAAAAUGGAUGGCCAAUAAUAAUCCAGGAGCUAUAGCAAGGUUAAUUUUUAAAAAAUGUAUGAAAAUUUCUAUAUAAUUAAAUAUGAUAGUAGAAACUAUUUUAUAUCAAAUAUAAAUUUUAGACACAAGCUGCCUAAAAUUAAUUAGCUAUAGCUGAAAUUUUCAUCAAUAUUACCAUUAAUUAUAAAUCAAAUUAUUGCCUAAAAAAAUAAUAAAAAUUUGCCUGCUAAGAAGUAGAGGAAGAUUUCCAUAAAAAUACGCUAGCCAAGGAGUGGGAAGUAAAGAUCCAUUUGAUGACCUAAGAUUUAUUUCUUUAUGGACAAAACCACUAUCAGUAGGAAUUCUAAUGACUAAAUAUGCAACUAAUGACAUUUUAAAAAUUACUGUAGAUUCCUUAUAUCCCUUGGGUUAACGAAAAUCCUAUAACCAAGGAUUAACUUAUUUAAGAUAAAUUUUAUAAUAUCAUAUAAUAAAAAUAUUGAUUUUUGGGUAUUCAAAAUUUUUAAAAAUCAAAUUAAAAAUCAUUAUUAUAAUGCAAAACAAAAACAUCAUAGAACUAGAAGGAGAUUUCUUAAUAAUCAUUACUGAUUAGAUACGAUUAUAUUAAUUGUUAAAAAUUAUACUAAAAAAAUUUUGCUCAUCUCUAAGGGUGUUAAUUUCUCAAAUCGGGAUUUCCUAAUGAUUCUGCUCAUAUCAAAAGGGGAGUUAGGAUAUCCUUCUCUUUCAAUAACUUUUGCUGAUUCCUCAUCUACUACUUUAACUACCUCUACAAGCAUUCUUAAUAGUUGAAAUUUUUUAAGCUUCACAGGAGAAGUUCAAACUGAUGGCUUAACUAAACUGAAUCUCUACAUCAAUACAAUAGCUUAUCAAGAUAUUACUACUACAACUUUAAUUUAUUUUAAAGACACUAAUGCAGGAACUCUUUAUAUAGGAAAUGAUGAAACCCUUGGGACUUCAGGAUUAUAUGGCUUUUUAGCAAGAUUAUAUAUUUAUAACGCUUAUACUUACCAAUCUUAUGACUAUUCAUCUUCAUGUAAUACUGGCUGUUCUGUUUGUCCUUUAAAUAACCAAUGUUUAAGUGAAUGCGAUUUUGAUAAAUAUCCUGAUAGCUGCAUUGCUUGUUUGGCAGGCUGCAAUCAAGGAUGCGUCAGUGAUUUAACUUGUAGACUUUGCAGGGAUAAGGAAUGCUACUCAUGCACUACAUUUUCAGGAGAAUGCGCAAGCUGUAUUACAAAUGCGUAUAAGCCAGUAGACCAUUGUGUGUGCAAUACUAAUGCUGUAUGAGUCUCUAGUUCUCAGUCCUGCGAGCUCUGCAAUACAAUUUGUGAUACUUGCUCUACUGUUGAUUAUAAUGGCUGUCUUACAUGCACAGCAGGCUACUAUCUGAUUCAAUCUUUAUGCAUGACUUUUUGCCCUACUGGAUAUGUUAUAAAUGGUAACAAUUGUGAUGCUGACCCUGCUUAUACAGAUUUUUUAGUGCUUAAUAUGAUGCCACAUCAAAUAAAAGACGUUGUAGUAGAUUUAGCUUCAAGUAUCCCAGUUCUUACAGGCAAAGAUAAUAGCUUUUACCCUACUUAUGAUGCAACUGAUCCAAUAGCAGCUAUUUAUAGAGGGUAUUACUUUUCUGGCUCAGCUUAUAUGCAGUUACCUCCUUAUACAGGCACAGGUUCCCCAUUACUUACUUUUUCACCAAAAUUUACGAUAUCAGCCUGGAUAAAUCCAGUAUCUGAUACAGGCGUCGUUUUUUCUAAACAAACCAGCAAUGGAGGAUUUGAAAAAUUUGUGAGCUUUGAGUUAGUAAGCAAGUAUCCAUCACUUACCCUUACAUUGCAGAAUUCUAAUACAAUCAUUUAUACAAGUGCUGCUGCCUCUGUAGAGGUUUCACUUUCUCAAUGGAAUUUUAUUUCAGCUGCAUCUGACAUUAGUGCAGCUCCUCAGCAAAUUAUUAAAAUUAUGACAAAUACAUUUACAGAUAUCUCAAGUGACCAAGAUUCAAGCUGAUUAAAUGAUUUACAAAGCUCAUUUAUAAUAACAAUAGGGGCAAGCUAUCUUGAUUCUAUAACUUUGACGUCAUUUUUUAAUGGGUUCCUAUGGAAUCUAAAAAUUUAUAAUACAAUUACAACCAAUUCAUUAGUAUCAAGCUCUUGUAACGGGUGCUCAUUGUGUCCAAUCGAUAAUUCAAAUAUUUGUUUAGAGAGCUGUCUUAUUGGCAAAUACUGAAAUGGUUAUAGUUGUGAUUCAUGUUUAUCUGGAUGCUCAACUGUUGGCUGCGUAAGAAGAGAUAAAAAUUGUAACCUUUGCCAAGAUAUCAUAUGUGAAAUAUGUGAUGAUUAUACAAGCACUUGCAUUUCUUGUAGAGCGCAUGCAAAUUUAGUAGGUCCAAGCUGCCAAUGCAAUGAUGGGUAUUAUUGAAAUUCUGGCAAUGAAAUUUGUGAACUCUGCAAUAUUUCUUGUAAAACAUGCACAUCCCCGAACUUUCUAGAUUGCUUAACGUGCGCUAAUGGCUAUUAUAUGGCAUCAGGAAUUUGUGGGACAAGCUGCCCAUUAGGGUACGAAAAAAAGUCAGGCAAUUGUAUAAGGGUUCAAGAAAAAAUGCUCGACUUAGACUUAAACACUUUAAGCGGGGUCAUUUAUGAUAAGGCAAGCUCGAUCCCAGUUGUUACUGGAUCUACAAAGCAGUUUUACCCAGACUAUGAAGCUGAUGAUCCAAUUCCAGCUUAUUUAAGAGGAUUUUGAUUUAAUGGGCAAUCUUCAAUUUUAAGACUGCCUGAGUAUUCAAACUACACAUCGCCAAGACUUGUGAUUGCUCCUACCUUUACAAUUUCGAUAUGGCUAAAUAUUGAAAGCUCUUACUCUGCUAUAUUAUCAAAGCAUAAUAUUUCUGAUGGCUACUCGACACUUUAUUUGAUCUCAUUAAUGGAUAGCAAACCUAUUUUUCUAACUCCCCCCCCCCUCCGUGAGCGAACAAAAAAAUUUUGUUCACUCACGGAGGGGGGUUAAUUUUUUUUUUUUUAAAAACAAUUUAUAUAUAAAUUUUAUAAAAAAUAUUCUUUUCGAAAUUUAAAAAAAAAUCCUAAUUUGCAAAAAUUGGGAAGCAAAUACUAAUUUAAUUUGCAAAAUUUAUGUUUUAAAACGCAAUUUGUUUUAAAAUUAAACAGAAUUAGCUCUAGAUUUCAUUAUACUAAUUAUCACUUAUAUAGCAAAAUUUUUUUCUAUUAAAAUUUUUUUCUAUUAAAAAUAUUUUUUGUUCACUCACGGAGGGUGGGUUUUUGGUCAAAAAAUGGCGAUUUUUCUAAUGGUUUUGUUCGCUCACGGAGGGGGGGGGGGAGUAAGCAAUUUAGGGUUGUGAUCAGCAUUUUAUAUAUGUGAUGCAUCACUUAAAAAUUAUGAAUGGAGCCACAUAGCAUUUACAUUGGAGAUCAUUGCAAGUGGCUAUAAUAAGUUGUCUUGCUAUGUUAACGGAAUAUCUUAUCCAUCAAGCUUAACAGGAUAUGGAGCUUUUCUCGAUGUAGGCCCUCACACUACAAUAACUAUAGGAGCUCAAAUAAGCGCAUCAUCCGUAUAUAAUAACUAUCAAGGCUUUAUUUAUACCAUACAAAUGUUUAAUACUGUAAAAUCAGUAUCAAGUCUAUCAACAUCCUCUUGUACUGAAACUUGCAGUGCUUGUCCAACGAGCCAAAUCUGCAUACCUAACUGUAAAAUAAAUCAAUUCUGGAGCGGUCCUGCUUAUAAUGCAUGUUAUCAAUGUAAUACAAAAUGCAAAAAAACUUGCAGAGACUGGAAACCUACUUGCUCACUUUGUAGUAAUUUAUUAUGCGAUAUCUGUACUGAGUAUUCUGCUUCUGGAUGCUCAACAUGUAAGCAAAAUGCGAUUAACCCUGAUUCAUGCAUAUGUGAUGUAAAUUAUGUCCUUGAUACUUCCACUAAUAAUACAUGCAUUCCUAUUGAAGCUGGAGGAUUUAGAGGUCCUGACGGUAUGUUUUAUUCAUGCCUAAGAUACUGCACUUAUUGUGAAUCUCUUACUAGUUGUACUGCUUGUGUAGAAAAUGCAAGCUUGAAUAAUAAUCUAUGCUAUUGCAAUCUAGGCUAUAAUGGGGCAGCAAUUUGCUCACUAGUCCCUUUUUCAGCAUGGCUCACUGUUUUAUCUGAUAAUUCUCUUUAUCUUACUUUUUCAGAUAGUCUUGAGAAUUCCCUUUCCAUAUACGAUUUUACCAUAGUAAUUGAAAAACAAGGAAAAUUAUCAUAUAAAAUGGAACAGGUAAAUAGUACCUGCUAUUAUCUAUCUUUAUCUAUCACUGAAGAAAUUUCUAAAGGCUCCUUGGUAAUUCUGGAGUUUCUGCAUUUAGAAAAAGUGAGAUCAGUUUUAAAUGGCGUUUUAAAUUCAUCAGAAAUUUCUGCAGCUUUGAACUCAUAUGACCCUGCGCCAUAUUCAUCUGCAGUUGCAGCAGUCGCAUCUCAAGCAGCAGCUAGUGCACAAGCUGCAAUUUCCGGGGCAAUUGCCUUAUCAGUUGUAAACCCAAGCCCAAGUUCUCUUUGGAGCAUGAUGAAUACUUUGCAAAUUCUUACUCCCCCCCCCCCCCCUCCGUGAGCGAACAAAAAAAUUUUGUUCACUCACGGAGGGGGGUUAAUUUUUUUUUUUUAAAAAACAAUUUAUAUAUAAAUUUUAUAAAAAAUAUUUUUUUUCAAAAUUUAAAAAAAAAAUCUAAUUUGCAAAAAUUGGGAAGCAAAUACUAAUUUAAUUUGCAAAAUUUUAUGUUUUAAAACGCAAUUUGUUUAAAAUUAAACAGAAUUAGCUCUAGAUUUCAUUAUACUAAUUAUCACUUAUAUAGCAAAAUUUUUUUCUAUUAAAAUUUUUUUUUAUUAAAAAUAUUUUUUGUUCACUCACGGAGGGUGGGUUUUUUGGUCAAAAAAAUGGCGAUUUUUCUAAUGGUUUUGUUCGCUCACGGAGGGGGGGGGAGUUAGUUACUUGACUUUAUCAGGAAUCCCUUUUACAAGCAAAAUGAGUUCAUUUCUGAACAAUUUGAACUCUUUCAACAUAAUGCCAAACAUUUUUUCAUACAUCAUAUACAAAAACGAAGGAAAUACUCCAUAUUCGCAAGCAAAGGAAUUUGGAUAUGACUCUGAUUUGAUUCUUAUUACAACAGGAAACGAUUUUACACUGAUAUUGGCUUCUCUUUUAGCUUUUCCAAUUAUUUUCUUUUUUUCUCGAUGCUCAUAUAGAUGAAUUGGUAAGAAAUUUAUGAAAACUGUCAAAGCUUAUCAGUUUUCUUUUUAUUUAAGAUUUUGAAUCCAAUCAUACCUUGAGCUAGGAGCUGCUGCAAGUAUUGGACUGGUUACGUUUGGAUUUAAUAAUAUGAUGCAAAUCUCCAAUGUCAUUAUCUGCAUCAUCAUUUACGUACUAUUAGUUGCCACGCCGCCAGGAUAUUUUUGGUUUUCUUAUAUAAAUAGAAAUAGGAUCCAGUCACGAGAAAAGACAUUUACUGCCUUAUUCAGCUCCUUUUUUUAUGAAUUUCGAACUGAUCGAGGGCUUCUAGCAACACAAUAUUAUUUCGUUUUUUUUAUAACUCUUUCUUGUAAGGAAUUCAAAAACAUUGGAAAAAUCAUACUUUUUAUUAUGAGCAAAACAUUUAUUAAAGUAAAAAAUUUUAUAAAAAAAUAAUUUGAAAUAUAAAUAGUAAAUAAUAAAAUUAAAUCCUCUACUUAUUAUACUGUAAUUCGCAUAUCUUGGAUUAAAGUAAUUCUGCAAAUUGGAUGGCUCAAAUUUCAAAAAUAAUUAUAUGAAAUUGUAUAGUCCUUUCAAAGAAAACUUUGUUAAGUAAUAGUGGACACUAGUAAGAAGAUUGAUAUACAUUAUAAACUUGGUCUAUUUAAGAGACUAUCCACAAACUGAGGUAACUAUAAAUAUCGUUCUUUCAGUAAUGGUCAUCCUGCAUUUAAUUUUCUUUUGGCCAUUUGAAGACUCUAUUAUACAAAUAUGCAAUUUAUUGUCCGAAAUAUCAAUAUUUUUAAUAAUGAGCGCGACUUCAGUUUAUUUAUUUAAUUUAGACCAGAAAAUUAUUUCGGAUUUUGAGAAUGUCAUUGUAGGAAUUACAAUUACAGUUAUGGGAAUUCAGGCAUUUGCUUCAAUAGCUAUUUUUGUUAGAACCAUAUAUGAAAUCAUUCAUCAUAAACUUACCAAAGUGGGAAUUGUAAGAAGAAACAUUCGUACGCUUAAGCCUCAUCUUAAGAAAGUAAAAAAAUAA